UAACCUCAAUAAGAAUGUCUCGAUCUCUUUAGAGUUGUCUAAUGUUGUUGUGAAUUAUUUAAUAUUAAUUCCAUUUGAUAAAAAUGGAACGCAAUGAAGAGGACUGGUCUGUAGAAUGUUCUGACGAUGAGAAAUAUGAAAUCGACGCUAAGCAUGAAUGGAAUAUAAAGGCAGAAGAUAUUGUCUCGUUGAUCGAAGGCUUGGAGAUGAACAAUCGCAUUCUAGAACUUGAAUGGAAAUGUCCUGGCAGGCGAGGACCUUCUCCUAUUCCCUCAAACAAUCGACAACAAGAGCAUGGAUCUCAAGAGUACAAGACUGAAGAAAAGUCUGAUUUCGACUUUAUGGAUGAAAUGUCUUCGCCAAGAUUACCCGUUCGUAGAGUUGGCGAGAGUACUCCAAAGGGUAGUGCUAAAAAGAAAACCGCUAGUUUUAAUGGAGUGUUAUCGACAAUGUUAAGACAUCGUAGACUAGAGCAGCAAGAAAUAAACUCUAGUCCAAAGAAGAGUGAAUCUCCUGGGAUAAAGCCACAUCCUUCUACUUCAUAAAGUUUACUCGUCCCUUUGAUGAUUUACCCUGAAUGAUUUAUAGAAUGACUAGAUGAAGUACACAAAUCAAGAUAAAAUUGAAAACUGGAUGACAAAAUUAUAAUACAGAUAUGUGGAUAUUUCAUAGAAAGAUAUUAUGUAAUGUGAAAAGAUUUGUGUACUGUAAAAAAUGGCUUUAUUUUUUUUACGAGGAUACAUAUUUGUAUAUUAAAUUUUGAUACUGUGAAUAUUGUUAUGAACUGGUAAGAUUACUUCUAUAUAGAUUUCUAUGGAGAAAUGGUGAAAGAAUUAAUACAUAUUUAAUUCAUAUUUAUCUGUUAGCGUUAAGCAAGUAUAUUGUACACACAGGGACAGGAAUGCCUUCUCACAUGAAGUUACACGCGUCUCGUCGGACAUGCGUGCUUCAC